AUGUUUAUAGAGAUAAUUUUGGGUGGCUUUUUGAUAUACAUUUUGUUCGGACUUCUGUUUUUCCGGAAGCAAAUGAAACGAAUGGCAAAUUAUUUUCCAGGACCAAAACCGAAUCCGAUUCUGGGCAAUGUAUUAGAAUUUUACGACAAGGAUAUACCGGGUAUUUUUGAAGCCAUUAUCGACAUACACAAGCGUCACGGGCCCGAUAUCAUUCUUUGGACUUUGGGCAAUGUAAGCGUAAUCAACGUUUGCAGUGCGAAAAAUGUCGAAAAAGUCGUAAUGGCCAAACAAAUACAAAAAUCUAUGCUUUAUUCGUUUGUCGAACCUUGGCUCGGAGAUGGAUUGCUCAUAUCGAGCGGUGAAAAAUGGUUCCAGCGGAGAAAGAUUAUUACGCCGACGUUUCAUUUUAAAAUUCUCGAGCAAUUCGUAACGGUUUUCAACAAAGAAACGGAUAUUAUGGUGAGGAACCUUAAGAAACAUGUCGGCGGAAAGGAGUUCGAUAUUUACGAUUAUGUCACUCUAAUGGCGCUAGACAGCAUCUGCGAAACAUCAAUGGGUACGACAGUUAAUGCGCAAAUGGAUCCCUGCAAUAAAUAUGUACAAAAUGUUAAAAGAAUGUCCGUUUUAAUCUUGCUGCGAGUGGUCAGCGUGCUGGCCGGCUUCCCGACGCUAUACACACUGUUCCACCCGAACGCCUACGAGCAACGUGGUAUCAUCAAACAGCUGCACAAGUUUACCGAUUCAAUUAUUAAAUCCCGGAGAAAGCAACUGGAGCAAGAAAAGAUGAAACAAGUUAAUUUUGACAUGAAUGAGGAAAAUAUGUACUCGAAGCGUAAGAUGACUUUUCUGGAUUUACUGUUGAAUAUAAACGUCGAUGGAAAGCCACUGUCCGAUCUGGACAUCCGAGAGGAAGUUGAUACGUUUAUGUUCGAAGGACACGAUACUACAACCAGUGGAAUUUCCUUUGCCAUCUAUUUACUUGCACUGAAUCAGCACAUUCAGGACCGUGUGUAUGAUGAAAUUGUUACGGUGCUUGGAAAGAACCAGGACUGUCCACUACUCACCUAUCAAAUUCUGCAAGAGUUUCGCUAUUUGGAAACUGUUGUCAAAGAAUCAAUGCGGCUGUACCCACCGGUUCCAUUUAUAGGUAGAAAAUUGGUGGAUGAUUUAGAGAUGAAUGGCACAACUAUUAAAUCCGGUCAGGACUUCCUGAUUCCAAUUUACGUGAUUCAUCGUAAUCCCGAAGUUUAUCCCGAUCCGGAAAAAUUCGAUCCGGAUCGAUUCUCGGACAUGACCGAAUCCAACCGAGGUCCGUAUGACUACAUCCCGUUCAGUGCAGGCUCACGCAAUUGCAUCGGUCAGCGCUAUGCAAUGUUGGAGAUGAAAACUACACUGGUCAAAUUGCUUUCGAACUAUAAGAUACUACCGGGAGAAUCUUUACGUCAGCUGCGAGUGAAGACCGAUCUUGUGCUUCGCCCUGACAAGGGUCUUCCUGUGAAGCUAGUCGCCCGAAGCUCUCUAUAG